AUGGCGCAACAAGAAGCGCCAUCUCAGUAUCAAUAUCAGUAUCAGUAUCAGUAUCAGUAUAUAUAUGAGAAAGAACGCGGCUGUAUGGAUUGCAAAGCCAUUGCACGAAAGCGUCGUCGAGAAGAAGCUACAGCUACAGCUACAGCUGGCAAGCACGGGGAAAUUGUUAGUAAGAUGAGAAAUUUAGAGUUUGGGGGAGAAAUUAUUAGGGAGAAGGAGAAGGAAAAUGGGAAAAUAGUUAAUAGAUUGAGAUCUCUAGAGAUUAAACGGGCAAUUGCGCGUGUUGAGGCUAGGGUAGAGGAGAUUGCCGAAGAGGCACUUAGGGAAUUGGGUGAUGAGGAGGAGGUACUUAAUUACCAGAGAUCAGCUGAGCUCAAACAUGAAGAAAGCGAAAAUGAAGCUGAGGAGUGGAAAAUCCAAGGAAAAAAGGAACAGGAUGCUCUGACAUUGAUAAAGGUCAUAGAAGCUAUAGAAUCUCCUAUUUCCGGUCUAUCUCAGUCUAGUUUCUCCAUACAGCCGCAACUAGAUGUGCCGCAAGAUGAGAAAGAAGUCACUCCACCUACAACACAGAAUUCAGAUCCAAAUCCAAAUCCCGAUUCAGCACCAGCGCUCGACACCGCAAAGGAAGAACAAGAAAAUUUAUCCACCAUCCUCCAUUUACUCGACUCAGAAUUCGAUUCAGAAUUUUCCGACGAAGACCUCAACGAAGAACCCCACAUGUACACUAAAAUUGCCUCCCCAUCCACCUCCCCUAACAUCUCCCAAACCACCGAUAACAACCACCAUCACCAUCACCAUCCCAGCGCAUCAAGCCCAUCGCACCCAUCCAAAAACAACCUAACCCAAGGCGAAGUAGCCCUCGCACCUGGAACAAGUACUUUUCAAGAAGACGAAUUUUAA